UUAAUUGUAUAUUUCAGUUAGAUUUCACUCUCUCCUGUUUUGGGAACGGGGGUUAGUAGCUCCGAGUUUGGAUGGUUGACAAGGGUAUAUUCGUGAUUCAUUCAUAGACGUAGUAGUACAAUCGAACAAAUGUGUCUUCGUUAAAGUGUCGGAAAUCAAACUAUUGUGAAAAAAAGAGAAAUCUUAGUCCGGGCUUUGCGCAUAAAACGGGAUAAUUUAAUUAAGUAAAAAACGUAUCUAAGAUAUGCCAUUGUGAUAGGAUGAUUUCAAGAACCCCACCCAGGAGUACUCCUUUUGGAGUACACAUUCUCUUUGCCGCUGUGCUCUUUACGUUAAUUCAAUCAUCGAAACAGGACUGUAUUUGGUAUGGCGUGUGCAACACCAACGCAUUUCAGCACAGUCAAAAUUGUCCAUACAAUGGAACUGCAAAGGAAAUGCCUUCAGAUGGCUUGGAUUUGAUGAAGCAUCGAUGUGGUUAUUUGCUGGAGAACAGCAACAAUAAAUUUUGCUGCGAUAAGACCCAGGUGGAACUUUUGAAUAAAAAUGUUGAGCUAGCCGGUCAUAUCCUGGACCGGUGUCCUUCGUGUAUUGAGAACUUGGUUCGACACAUUUGCCAGUUUACUUGUUCACCACAUCAAUCUGAAUUCAUGCGUGUGGUGGCUACGGAUAAAAAUAAAGAUGUUGAGUACAUAACUUCCGUGGAUUUGCAUGUUUCGACAGAGUAUGUCAACAAGACUUAUAAAUCAUGCUCUCAGGUUUCUGUACCCCAAACCGGUCAAUUAGCAUUUGAUUUAAUGUGCGGAGCUUAUCCAGCAUCUCGCUGUAAUCCUACAAAGUGGUUCAACUUUAUGGGAGACGCCACUAGUCCUUACGUUCCUUUUCAAAUAACGUAUAUACAGCAUGAGCCCAAUUCAAAAAGUGAUGAGUUUAAGCCCUUAAACGUGACAACCGUUCCUUGCAACCAAGCGGUGAACAGCAAAUUACCCGCUUGUUCGUGUACAGACUGUGACCUGUCCUGUCCUCAGGGACCUCCAGAGCCACCACCCCCAGAACCAUUUAAAAUUGGAGGACUAGACGCCUAUUUCGUCAUUAUGGCAGCUGUGUUUAUUGUUGGAGUCCUGGUAUUCCUAAUGGGAUCGUUUCUAUUCACACAAGGUUCGUCAUUGGAUGAGAAUUUUCAAAUCGACGGCAAUGAUGUUUCCGAUGAAAUGGCCUACGGAGAGAGCGAUACAUAUUUUGAUAAGCUGGGCGCUCAAACAGAAUAUUUCUUGGAAAGCUUUUUCACGAAAUGGGGAACGUUCUUUGCCAGCAAUCCUGGGAUGACUUUAGUUGCUGGUACAGCACUCGUUGCGGUUCUGGGUUAUGGCAUAAGUUGUAUAGAAAUUACUACGGAUCCGGUUAAACUUUGGGCCUCGCCCAAUUCGAAAUCCAGACUGGAAAGAGAGUUUUUCGAUACCAAAUUUUCACCCUUCUAUAGACUUGAACAGAUAAUAAUCAAAGCAGUAAACUUGCCGCAAAUUGUGCACAACACUUCAAAUGGCCCGUACACCUUUGGUCCUGUGUUCGACAGGGAUUUCCUAUCUGAAGUGUUGAAUCUCCAAGAGAGCAUAAGGAAUAUAAACGCGAAUGGAACAAUGUUAAAGGAUAUAUGCUUUGCCCCCUUAUCCGAUGACGGAAGCGAAAUCGAAGUUUCCCAAUGCGUUGUUCAAUCAAUUUGGGGAUAUUUUGGCGAUGACCCAACCAGAUUGGAUGAUCACGACGAGGAAAAUGGAUUUAAUGUAACCUACUUGGAUGGCUUGUACGCCUGCAUAAGUAAUCCGUACUUAUGCUUAGCGCCCUACGGCGGUCCUGUGGAUCCAGCAAUAGCUUUCGGUGGUUUUCUACCACCUGGAGACCAACUUACGGGCAGCACAAAGUACGAGUUAGCCAAUGCUCUGAUUUUGACGUUCUUGGUCAAGAAUCAUCACAAUAAGACAGAUAUCCAACCGGCCUUAAAGUGGGAGAAGAAGUUUAUAGAGUUUAUGGCUAACUAUACGAAAAACAACAAGUCGGAGUACAUGGAUAUUGCGUUCACUUCAGAAAGGUCAAUAGAAGACGAGCUUAAUAGGGAGUCCCAGUCAGAUGUCCUAACUAUUUUGGUAUCCUAUUUGAUUAUGUUUCUGUACAUCGCGAUUUCACUGGGACACGUUAAGGAAUUCAAAAGGGUCUUUAUCGAUAGUAAAAUCACCCUGGGCAUCGGUGGUGUCAUCAUUGUAUUAGCCUCAGUAGUUUCGUCCGUUGGCAUUUUCGGUUACGUUGGAUUGCCAGCUACUCUGAUCAUUGUAGAAGUUAUACCCUUUUUAGUAUUAGCCGUCGGAGUGGAUAACAUUUUUAUCCUAGUCCAGACUCACCAGCGCGAUCAACGCAAACCUAAUGAAACGCUCGAGCAGCAAAUAGGUAGAAUACUGGGUCGCGUUGGACCCAGUAUGCUACUCACUUCGUUGAGUGAAAGCUUUUGCUUCUUUCUCGGUGGCCUUUCCGAUAUGCCCGCGGUGAGGGCUUUUGCCUUGUACGCCGGCGUAGCCCUUAUCAUUGACUUUUUAUUGCAAAUAACCUGUUUUGUAAGUCUAUUUACACUAGAUACCAAACGCAAGGAAGAGAAUCGAAUGGACAUUUGCUGCUUUGUUAAAGGAAAGAAACCUGACAGUGUAACUAAUAGCGAGGGUCUCUUGUAUAAAUUUUUCAGUAGUGUCUACGUUCCCUUUUUGAUGAAGAAAGUGAUUCGAGUUAGUGUAAUGGUCAUCUUUUUUGCAUGGCUCUGCUUCAGUAUUGCCAUUGCGCCUAAAAUCGAUAUUGGACUCGAUCAAGAACUAGCGAUGCCGCAGGAUAGCUUUGUUUUGCAUUAUUUCCAGUCGUUGAACGAGAAUCUCAACAUUGGUCCGCCAGUGUACUUUGUCCUCAAAGGUGAUUUAGUGUAUACGAAUAGUACAGAUCAGAAUUUAGUUUGCGCAGGUCAAUAUUGCAACGACGACAGCCUUCUUACGCAAAUAUAUUUAGCAAGUAGACACUCAAACCAAACAUAUAUCGCUCGCCCGGCAUCCAGUUGGAUCGAUGAUUACUUCGACUGGGCGUCGGCUUCUUGUUGCAAAUAUAGGAAAGAUACUGGAGAUUUUUGUCCGCAUCAAGAUACUUCCUGUCCCAAAUGUAAUAUCACGCAAAACUCACUCCAACGGCCAGACAACAAGGCCUUUGAAAAGUAUUUGCCGUUUUUCCUGAAGGACAAUCCGGACGACCAGUGCGCUAAGGCCGGUCAUGCCGCUUAUGGUGGAGCUGUGCGUUACUCCAACAGCCACGAUAGACUGCAGAUUGAGUCCUCGUAUUUUAUGGCCUACCACACCAUACUGAAAUCCUCGGCUGACUAUUUUCUGGCUCUUGAAUCGGCCAGAAAGAUAUCGGCAAAUAUCACGCAAAUGCUACAGGGCAGAUUAAUGUCCAACGGAGUUCCUAUGCAAUCGGCCCUCACGGUCGAAGUUUUUCCUUAUUCAGUAUUCUACGUUUUUUACGAACAAUAUUUAACCAUGUGGUCAGACACGCUACAGAGCAUGGGUAUUUCAGUUCUUUCCAUUUUUGUUGUUACGUUUGUUUUGAUGGGCUUCGACGUUCAUUCCGCAUUAGUUGUUGUGAUAACGAUAACCAUGAUUGUUGUUAAUUUAGGAGGUCUUAUGUAUUAUUGGAACAUUUCAUUGAAUGCUGUUUCGUUAGUUAAUCUUGUUAUGGCUGUCGGAAUAUCGGUAGAAUUUUGUUCGCACUUAGUGCACAGCUUCGCUAUUUCGAAAUCAGUUAGUCAAAUCGAUCGGGCAGCUGAUAGCCUUUCGAAAAUGGGUAGUUCCAUCUUUUCCGGAAUUACGUUAACCAAAUUUGCAGGCAUUUUAGUUCUAGCAUUUGCGAAAAGUCAAAUAUUUCAAGUGUUUUAUUUCCGCAUGUAUUUGGGAAUUGUAGUUAUUGGGGCGGCGCAUGGCCUUAUCUUUCUGCCAGUUCUAUUAAGUUACAUUGGGGCUCCUGUUAGUAAUGCUAGAUUAAGAUAUCAUAGCCAGGCAACUGUGGAACACGAGACAGCUCUCGCGGGAAUUCUUUAAAUAAAACCCACAGUUGUAUUGUAAUAAUCUCAAAAAUAUUUUAAAUGUUAAAUGGUUAAGGUAUAAUAAACAAUAACAAAAUAA